AUCAUAUACAUAUACAGUUAUACACACACAGUAAUUCUGGUAAUACUAAGAGAAAAGAGGGUAAGAGCUCAAAAAGUUUGCAAUAUGGGACGUUGGAUCAAACCUGAUGUUUAUCCACUAAUUGCAGCAAUGUCCUUCGUCACUGGUAUGUGCAUAUUUCAGCUAACAAGGAAUGUGCUUCUAAAUCCCGAUGUCAGAAUCAAUAAAGCUCAUAGGGCGACAGCAGUGCUGGAGAACCAUGAGGAAGGAGAAAAAUAUGCGGAGCAUGGAUUUCGCAAGUACCUAAGGACUCGUUCUCCCGAAGUUAUGCCUUCGAUCAAUAGCUUUUUCUCUGAAACUAAAAAAGACUAAUUUUCAAAAUCAGCUUCGUAUAUAGCCAGCCAAUUCACAAAAAAGAAAAAAAAAGUUUCUGAAUUUUGUUUUUUGAAGUUUCGAUUUUCUUGUAUUAUGGGAUAAUCAUUUUUUGUCUGAGUUUGAGUUACAUUUGUUAUAAUACAACUAUAGUAGAAGUAAUAAUGUGCAUAAGUGUGUAAGCAGUAUAUAUGUUAUUCGUUAUUCCAUUUUUUAUGUAACUUAAUAGUGAUUUAGAUACAUGUAUGAAUUGUAUCGAUCUUGUUUUCCUUUUAUUUUAUAUGGUAAGUUUUAUUCAA